AUGUCGAUCCCUGAUGGUUUCAGACAAGGAACUGAGCCUUUUAUCUCUAUCCCAAAUGGUUUUAGACAGGGAACCGAACCCAUGAUGUCUGCCUCAGAUAGUCGUAGGCUAGAAUCAGAACCUUUUAUGUCUAUCCCAGCCGGUUUUAGACAGGGAACAGAACCUGUUCAUAAGGUCCCAGAGGGCUUUAAGCAGGGAACUGAACCUUCUCUUCAUAUCCCAGAUGGCUUUAGGCAGGGAACCGAACCCUUCAUGUCGGUCCAAGAUGGUUUCAGACAGGGCACUGAACCCAUUCUUACAAUCCCGGAGGGCUUUCGACAGGGAACUGAACCCUCUGCCUCUGGGAUCCAAACACAGACAGUGGCAUGUAAGGGGGAAGUCAUCAAUAGAAACUGCUAUGAGUUCAACCCUACGCCACUGGCCUUCCAGGAUGCACAGGUCUUCUGCAGGGCUCUUGCCCCAAAUGCUGAGCUUGCAUCUGUAACCAGUGGCGAUCUGCAUUCCCGCUUGGUUUCCCUGGUGACCAAGGGUGGUGAGAGCAACCCUGUGUUGACUUGGCUUGGAGGCGUGGUCAAGAAUCAGCAGGCAUCAUGGGUAGACGGGUCAGAGUGGAGUUACAGUGACUGGAUGCCCGGACACCCCAACAUUCACACUGAUAAACCUGUGUGUUUGGAGAUGUUCAAGAUAGAUGAGAGCUGGUGGACGGCCGCUGACUGUGGACUGAAGAGAGCGUCCAUCUGCUCUUACCCCAUCACUGCAUGAAGACCACAAAACACAGCAUAAAAGAGUGCUCUCUCGAUUUGUUUCCUCUUAAUCUUUCUAACAAACAGUGUUUCCAUUACUGUGGGAUACCUACUGCAAUGUGUGCUUGUGUCCCCUUAAAUAAAACUUGACAUAUUA